UAUUUUUGUUUCUGAUAUUUAGGUUCCAUUUAAAUAAGUUUUUAACUAGCGUUUAACUAAUAGUUAAAAAUAUAAAAAUUUAUACUAAUAUUGAAAAUAAGUAUAUUAUAAAUCGAUUAUUAAGGACAAUAAUAGUUUUCUAAAAUAAUGGAAUCUCGGACAGAGUUUAAAAUAAAAUCUCCGCCAACUGAUGCGAUUUCAGCAGUGGAAUUUGGACCUAAUUCAACACAAUUCCUUCUUGUUUCCUCUUGGGACAAUACAGUGCGGUUGUAUGACAUUCAUGCAAAUACUAUGAGAUUAAAAUAUAAUCAUGAUUUGCCAGUUUUAGAUGUUGCAUUUCAGGAUGCUGUUCAUGCUUAUAGUGGUGGUUUAGGAAAUACAUUAAAGAUGUAUGAUAUCAAUAGUAAUACUGAAUCAGUUAUGGGAACACAUGAUAAACCAAUUAGGAAAAUUGAAUAUUGUGCUGCAGUAAAUGCAAUAUUAACUGGUGGGUGGGAUGCAGCAGUGAAACUUUGGGAUCCCAGAACACCCACUUGUGUAGGUAGUUAUUUACAACCUGAUGUCGUUCUUGCCUUGUCUGUAUGCGGAGAUAAAUUUGUAGUAGGUACAGCUAAACGCAAAGUUUGUAUUUGGGAUCUGAGAAAUAUGGCUGGUAUGUUUCAAAGACGUGAAAGCAGUUUGAAGUAUCAGACACGUUGUAUUAAAGGUUUUCCUAAUGAACAGGGAUAUGUUCUUAGUAGUAUAGAGGGCCGUGUUGCUGUUGAAUAUCUUGAUACAACACCAGAAGCACAGAAAAAGAAAUAUGCUUUUAAAUGUCAUAGGAUAAAGGAAAACAAUGUGGAGCACAUAUAUCCAGUGAAUGCUAUUAGUUUUCAUUCAACUUAUAAUACAUUUGCAACUGGUGGUUCAGAUGGUUAUGUGAAUAUUUGGGAUGGUUUUAACAAAAAACGUUUAUGUCAGUUUCACAGAUAUAAUGCUGGUGUUGCUGCACUUAGUUUUAGCCAUGAUGGUUCUGUGCUUGCCAUAGGAGUAUCGUAUUUGAAUGAAGCUGAAAUUCCACCAGGUGGAAAUGAUGAGAGAGAAAUUUAUAUAAGAUAUGUGAAUGACCAAGAAACUAAACCGAAAUAAUAUCGUGUUAUUGUACAAAGUUUUUUACAGGAAAAAUAGAUUAAAGAUUUUUUAAUUAUAUUCUGCUUUAUUAAAGCAGUAAAAACUGGAUGUUAAAGCUUUUUCACAGAAAUUAAUAAUCAUUUGUAAUAUAUAUAAUAACAGUGUUCUAUUUUACAUUUUUAUAUCUUAAACAAUUGACUGAUAAUUAGAAGCAAAAUCUACAAACGAGGUAAUAUCUUUUCAGAAUUACGAGACUAGUCAAAUUUUAAUAAAAUAUUUUUUUGUAAACAUUAUUUCGUUUAUUUAAGAUAAUAAUAGACUUAUUCAACAGUAUUUUACAUAUUAAAUAUUUGUAAAUUUUAUUGUUCAUUUCAUCAUCUAUUAUAUUAUUCUUUUCCUUCUUAUUAUUAAUAAUAAUUAUUACUAAUAGUACUAGAAAAAUAGUAUGCAUUUUAUUAUUUUAUUUUUAAAUGAAUGCAUAUUUAAUACUUAAAACAUAACUCAUGUAGUAAGUUUAUUAAGUGUUUGAGUAAAGCGUUUUAUUCAAAUUAUAAUAUAUUUUAAUAAAAAUGAAAUAUUAUAUAUUAUAGUAUCCAAUAUAUCUAUUACAGAAGUAUUAAUUAACGCAUAAUUAUGUUAAACAAUUUAAUGGAAAAUCUACUUAAAGAAAAACGUAGUUCUUAAACUGACUUUAUUAAGCCACUAAGAUUAAAUCAAACAAUAGUGUUUACAUAGUAUUAAAAUAAGUUGGAGCAAUAUAAACUUACAAGAUAAUUAUAAACCAUUUUAUAAAAGAGACAUAAGGUACAAAUAAUUUUUCUAUUAAUUUGCUCCUUUAUAAAUAAUUGUGCUAUUUAUUAAUACAUAUACGUAUAUAUUGCACAUUAUAUUUAUGAAAUUAUUGUCAGAAUUCGGUUGAUGUUAAUAGAAUGCUGCAAUACUAUACAAAAAUUUAGUAUGUAUUACUAUUUAGUUAAUAGAGUCAUCAUUCAUUUACUAUUACAUUAACGAUUGUACGUAUUACACAUAUCUGUAGUUUAAUGCGAAAAAAUGUAGAUGUUUGUUGUAUUUCUUAAAGUUAUUUGUAUAAUUGUUGAAAUUGGGAAAAGAUACAUUUAUUCUUUUUAUUAUAGAUAAAAGAACAAACUUGUUAGGGCAAUUGCAUUGACACAAUUUAUCUCAUGCAGAUAUAAUACUCAUAUUGCAAAUAAACUAAAUGUUAAUACUUGCGUAA